AUGGCGGCCUCUACUUCUCGUGAGUUAUCUUUGGAAGAAAUUGAUGACAUCUUAUUUGGCUCUGAUUCAGAAUUUGGGUCAGAUAUAGACGAUCCUACACCAAAUGAUGAUACUACUGAUGAAGAUGAUACCACUGAUGAAGAUAUGGAUGAAGACGUUCCAGCAACAUGCUCAUCAACCACAAAUUCAUUGUGUUGGAAUAAAAUUGAUAAUAAUAACCCCAUUCAAUUAUGUAAUAUUUUUUAUUACACAGCUUCCCAUAAGGUAAUUGGUUUUGAAAACUUAAAUCCUUAUGAGUGUUUCACAAGAUUUUUUCCAGAUAAAAUUUAUGAACAUGUUGCAAAAGAAACUAAUAAGUAUUUUAAAUCAAUGAUAGCUACAAAACAUCCUUUGCCAAGAAGAUCAAGAUACCACCAGUGGUCAGAUGUAACUUCUGAGGAUAUAAAAGCUGUUGUUGCUAUUGAAAUAGCAAUGGGUAUACUACAUAAACCCACAAUUGAAAGUUACUUUAGUGAAAGUAGCUUUUUAUUUGAUACUCCUGGCUUCAGAGAAGUUUUUUCAAGGGAUAAGUAUCAGUUGAUUAGAUCAGCUAUUCAUUUUAGUGAUAAUGAUAAGAAAGAUGGGAAUGAUAGACUAUCUAAGAUCAGGCCAAUAUUAGAAAUGGUAAAAGAUUUAUAUGGGAAGUACUAUGUAAGCAAUAAAGAAAUCAGUAUUGAUGAAAGCAUGAUAAAAUUUAAAGGUAGGCUAUUUUUCAAACAAUAUUUACCAUCAAAGCCUUCAACUAAAUGGGGAAUAAAAGUAUGGUCAAUGACAGAUGCACAUACAGGUUACCUGCUUAAAUUUAAUGUAUAUACUGGGAAGGAUUCUGCUCGUCAGCCAUCAGAAGGGUUGGGUACGCAUGUUGUUUUAUCUUUGUUAGAGGGUUAUGAAAACAAAGGUCAUAUUAUUUAUAUGGACAGUUUUUAUAACAGUGUGGAUAUUUAA